AUGUCCGGCGGACACGAGAGCUCGAGCCUGGUGCAGGAUGACGUGGUGAGGCUCCUCGCCACCUACACGCACAUCGGCACGACGAACGUCGACCAUCAAAUGGAGCAGUACAUCUACGCACGACGCGCUGACGGUACCCACAUCAUCAACUUGAAGCAAACCUGGGAGAAGCUGCUGCUGGCCGCACGCGCCAUCGCCGCUGUCGAGAACCCGGCGGAUGUCAUCGUCGUCUCGGCCCGUCAAUUCGCCCACCGAGCCCUGAUGAAGUAUGCUGCGCACACAGGAGCCACUCCGGUCUUCGGCCGUUUCGCCCCGGGCGCGCUCACCAAUCAAAUCCAGAAGAACUUCAAGGAGCCGCGCAUUAUCAUCAUCUCCGACCCGCGAAUUGACCAUCAGGUCGUCACGGAAGCUUCGUACGCCAACGUGCCGAUAAUCGCGUUCACCAACUCGGAUUCGCCGUUGAAGUUGAUCGACAUCGCCAUUCCGUGCAAUAACAAGGCCGCGCAGGCUGUUGGUCUGAUGUGGUGGCUGCUCGCUCGCGAGGUGCUCAUCCUACGUGGCAAGGUGUCUCGUGAUGGGCCGUUCCUGAUCGAGAACACCGAGAUCAUGCCGGAUCUCUACUUCUUCCGCGACCCAGCCGAGAUCGAGAAGGAGCAAGCCGCCGAAGAAUUCGAGGCCGUCCAACAAGAAGCCAUCACCACCGAGGUUCCACUCGACUUCACCGCUGCCCCGGAUAUCAAGGACUGGGCGGCCGAGGCCAACGCCGACAACUGGAAUGGCCAGCCGGCCGGCCGCGAAACGAUCGUGCGGGUCACUGGUGGAAUGAAAGUCAAGGCCGACCGUGACGAGUCUUCGCCCUACGCUGCUAUGCUCGCCGCCCAAGACGUUUCAGAACGCUGCAAACAGCUCGGCAUCAACGCGCUCCACAUCAAGAUCCGAGCCACCGGCGGCACACGCACCAAGUCGCCCGGACCAGGAGCCCAAUCCGCCCUGCGCGCCCUCGCCCGAAGUGGAAUCAAGAUCGGCCGCAUCGAAGACGUGACCCCAAUCCCGUCCGACAGCACCCGAAGGAAGGGAGGUCAUCGCGGACGUCGCCUC